AUGGCACGCCUAUGCUUCCCUGUACUUGUGCAGCUGGUCUUGCUCAUCGCCGGUGUGGCCGGCGGGCCGUGGCAGGAGUUCCUCCGCCCGCAGUCCGACGUGGACAAUGAUGUCGUCGGGACGAGGUGGGCCGUCCUCAUUGCCGGCUCCAAAGGUUUCGAAAACUACCGCCACCAGGCGGACGUGUGCCAUGCGUAUCAAAUCCUGAAGAAAGGUGGCUUAAAAGAUGAGAACAUCGUCGUCUUCAUGUACGAUGACAUCGCAAACAACUCCGCCAACCCCAGGCCGGGGGUUAUCAUAAACCAUCCCAACGGCAGUGACGUAUACGCCGGAGUUCCAAAGGAUUACACGGGAAAUGAUGUGAACGUGAAUAACUUCCUCGCCGUCCUGCUUGGCGACAAGUCAGCGCUCACCGGCGGCAGCGGCAAGGUCGUCGAUAGCAGCCAGGACGACCACAUUUUUGUGUAUUACACCGACCACGGCGGUCCAGGGGUGCUUGGUAUGCCAACCUUAGGUGAGAGCCUGUUUGCCAGUGACCUGGUGGCAACUCUAGAGAAGAAGCACGCGGCCGGAACGUACAGGAGCCUGGUGUUCUACGUAGAGUCGUGCGAAUCCGGGAGCAUGUUCGAGGGCCUCCUGCCGGCCAACAUCAGCAUCUACGCCACCACAGCCUCGAACGCGACAGAGGACAGCUGGGCCACGUACUGCCCCGGCGGCGGGCAGGGAGAGGCCCCUCCUCCGGAGUUCAUGACCUGCCUUGGUGAUCUCUACAGCGUCUCGUGGAUGGAGGACAGCGACGCACAUAACCUUCGUAACGAGUCCUUCGAGUUGCAGUACGACAAUGUGAGGAAUAGGACGCUCUCCUGGUCACAUGUGAUGCAGUACGGUGAUCUAGGUCUGAAUGCUCAGACCCUGGACCUCUUCAUGGGUUCCUCCGAUCCUGCCAACCACAGCGCCACGGUAGGCAGCACAGACAAUUUACUCAUGCAGCUUUCCUCCGCCGUGCACGUGCACCAGCGUGAUGCAGAUCUUCUCUACUUUUGGCACAAGUACCGGAGAUCGUCGGACGGGAUGUCCGAGGAGGCUCGGAAGGAACUGCUGGGGGUGAUGGCACAUAGAUCCCGAGUCGACAAGGGCAUUGAGCGCAUCGGCGGCAUCCUUUUCGGCACCGAGGCAGGCCCCCAAUUCCUCACCGCCGUACGUCCGACCGGCUGGCCUCUGGUUGAUGACUGGGACUGCCUCAAGUCUAUGGUACGGGCCUUUGAGGAGCAGUGUGGGCUGCUGGGACAGUAUGGAAUGAAGCAUACGCGGGCCUUUGCCAACAUGUGCAACGCCGGCGUUGGGCCCAUAGCCAUGCCCAACCUCGCAUCCAAGGCCUGCGCAGCUUCUACUCCUCCGUCCUUCUGA